AUGCCGAAGCAAAUUACCGAUAUCCGCGACUUUCUCCAGAAAGCGCGCCGAAAGGAUGCUCGCUCGGUGAAGAUUAAAAAGAGCGACAAGGUCGUCAAAUUUAAAAUUCGCUGCUCCAAGUACCUCUAUACGCUUUGUGUUACUGACACGGAGAAGGCCGACAAGCUCACACAGUCCCUUCCUCCUGGACUUCAGCCUGUGCACUAUGUCAUCGCUUUCCUGUUUUUCGCCAAUUGGGUUCUUGAGUAG